AUGCCAACCACCGCUGAAGACGCCGAUGACCUUGACUUUGACUCCCUCGAUCUGGAUGAUGAAGCGCCGGGUCAAGCGCAGUACAAGCAAACAGGCAAGCGCAAGAGUCGUCCCCAUGAUGAAGGAGUACUAGCUCCACCCACGCGCACAGUGCGUCAACGGCCUGGACUAGAAGAAUCAAGUGCGCCAGACAAUCACACAACCCAUCAAGAAGAAGAUGAAGAAACGAAGAAUGCUGAUGCAUCGACUACGCCUGUGUUUUGGCGUGUGAGUGCGAACGUCAUUGAAACAGCAGUGGACUUAUCCGAGCCAUCGACUUUUGAAGCUGCGGUGAGCGGUCCUGAUCAAGUGCAUUGGCGUGAAGCCAUCCAAGCGGAACUCGAGUCGAUGCGACUUCGUGAAGCAUUUCGCGCAGACAAGCUACCUAAAGGACAUCGCGCCAUUGGCACGAAGUGGGUCUUCAAGAUCAAGCGCAAAGCGGACGGAUCAGUUGACAAAUACAAGGCGCAUCUUGUAGCAAAGGGUUCCAAGCAACAGUACGGGAUCGACUACACGGAAACGUUCUCGCCCGCGGUCAAGUACGUGACGCUACGCAUGGUGAUUGCAGUCGCCAGGUAUUACGGAUAG